UAGAGACCUCCACCUCCACUUCCAUUCCAAAAAUGGCGACUGGCCAGGGCCAUGCGGCCAUACAUUUCCCAAGCGCACUACAUAUACACCAACACCAUUCCGACACACCCUGCUAGGAGAGGGAGACGACGAGGCUACCACUCAGUUAGUUACCCAUGGGCCGCAACAUGGCGCUUCCCCUGGUCAUGGCGCUCGUGGCCCUAGUGGCGUCGCUGCCGUCAGCUUCCCCUGCAACGGCAGGGACGGCUGGUGCAUUCGACAACUGGUUGUCGGCGAACCAAAAAGAUUUCGCGAUCACACAAGCGUUGUAUGCGAAGAAGGCUGUGGGUGACACUGGCAACAGCAUCGACGAGUCCCUGGCCAAGGCAGAGGAUAACAAGACCACCUUUGUGGUGGACCCCAAGGGCGGUGGCGACUACAAGACCAUCACGGCCGCGCUGGAGGCCGUCCCGGAGGGCAACACCCGUCGUGUAAUCCUGGACCUGAAACCCGGCGAGUACCGAGAGAAGAUCUUCAUCAACAUCAGCAAGCCCUACAUCACUUUCAAGUCAGAUCCCAAGAACCCGGCCAUCAUCGCGUGGAACGACAUAGCUGCCACGUUAGGUAAAGACGGGAAGCCUGUGGGCACGGUAGGGAGCACCACCGUCGCUGUCGAGUCCGACUACUUCAUGGCGUACGGCGUGGUGUUCAAGAACGACGCGCCAACUGCCAAGCCAGGAGCCAAGGGCGGGCAGGCGGUGGCGCUGCGUACGUUUGGCACCAAAGCGGCUUUCUACAACUGCACCAUCGACGGCGGGCAGGACACGUUGUACGACCACAAGGGAUUGCACUACUUCAAGGACUGCCUGAUCAGAGGAAGCGUGGAUUUCAUCUUCGGGUUUGGGAGGUCCUUCUACGAGAACUGCCGCAUCGUGUCCAUUGUCAAGGAGAUCGCCGUGCUCACGGCACAGCAGCGGACCAAGACCAUCGAGGGCGCUAUCGAGAGCGGCUUCUCGUUCAAGAAUUGCACCAUCAUGAGCGAAGGCGGGGGUGAUAUCUAUCUUGGUAGGGCGUGGGGGGACUCGUCGCGCGUCAUUUACGCCUACACCGAGAUGAGCAAGGAGGUGGUGCCAGUUGGAUGGGAUGGAUGGGAGGUCAAGCAGCCUGAGAGUAGCGGGAUCUACUAUGGCGAGUUCAAAUGCAGCGGGCCGGGGUCGGACGCCAGGAAGAGGGUCGGGUGGGCUGUGGAUCUCACCGAGGCCCAGGCCAAGCCCUUCAUGGGCACACACUACGUCUUCGGCGACUCUUGGAUUCUACCUCCACCAACUGGGAACUCUCCUCCCUCUAAGAAAACUUCCAGUGGCGGAGCCACCGCCACAUCCCCCGCCGCAUCACCGUCGUCGUCGCCCGAGUCCGCGUCUUCAGCCUCGUCGCCCAAGUCCGCGUCUUUAGCCUCGUCGCCCGAGUCCGCGUCUUUAGCCUCGUCGCCCGAGUCCGGGUACUCAGCUGGAAAAUCUAAGACCAAAAAAGAAUUAUAGAGGAAGAAGACCGGCUCUUCGUCAUGUGUUAGUAGCAACGCUUGAGCAUCUUUUUCUCGAAGAGGCUAAUUGGCUUCGAGCUUUGGGACCAGAUAGUAUAGAUGCAUACCUCGAUGAGCUUCGAAACUGUGACUCAAUGAUUCUGCCACGUACCGUCAAAAUGUUCGUUCGAAUAACCAUGUAUGAGAUGUAUAGUACUUUGUUAAUCACACAAAAAUAUGUCUUCUUAACCAGUAUUAUUUUCAUGCAAACUAACACUUAUUUUUUUCCUAACAGAGGCAAGCCCUCACCUCUUCAUCAUUGACUGUGUAUCAUGUUCAUUUCAUCAGCAUUUCUUAAGCAUC